AUGAAAUGAACCCCUUCUUUAAUUAUUUUCCUUUUUUUCUAUUGAAGAAAAUCUAUUUAAGUAAUUGAAAGAAAAUAGAGUUUUAGAGAGGGAUAUUGAGAAGAAGUAGAGAGAAAAAGCUAUUAGAUUAUUCCCCCAAAGCAAUAGUCAAUGCUUACUUGUUUUUCAUAGAGAAUUCAAGGGCUGUCCUCACUUGAAAUCUUGAAAACCCCAUAACUUCUUCUUCUUCUUCUUCUUCCAAAUAGAAGAAAAUAAACCAAAAAAGUAAACAAGUUACUGCCCUUAUAGUAGUAUAAGAAGAAAAACAGAUAGAACGAAAGAAAAAAAGCAAAAGUAUAUAGAUAGGAAAAUCAAGAAAACCACAGUGGUAGAAGUUUUUAUAGAUAUAAAAGAAGAUUGUUCUUUUCAGUUCAUUCCAGGCAGCUUAUCCAAUCUGACCCAGAUCAUGCAAGGUCGCGGAAUUGGUUCUUCUGUUAGGGUUGAAUCUGAAGACAUGUUAGAAGACCAGUCCAGUUUGAUUUCAAGGGAUUGUCGGGCAGAAAGUAACAUGGCGGUUUGCAUGAGUUAUUGCCCUGAUGGAAUGGAAGUGCAGCAUGGAAAAAGGCCAUUGGAAAAUGAACAGGAGAAUGAAAACGUGAAAUGCAAGUUUCAAAAGCAGUCUGAUGGUUUUAACCGAAUGGGAAUUGUCUUAUCCGUAGGCGAUUCUUCAGAAUCGCAAGCUGAAAAUAAAUGUCAUUCUGAAGCUAAUUCUUAUUCGAGCUUGCUUAUUCCUUCCAUUGGCCCUGACAAUUCCAUCAAUUGUCUUAUCCGUUGUUCUAGGUCAGAUUAUGGCGUCAUCGCAUCUUUGAAUAGUAGCUUUCGCUCUUUAAUUAAGAGCGGAGAACUUUAUAGAUUGCGGCGCCAAAAUGGGGUAGUUGAGCAUUGGGUUUAUUUCUCUUGCCAGCUGCUCGAAUGGGAAGCUUUUGACCCUAUUCGCCGCCGGUGGAUGCAUCUGCCGACUAUGAAUUCCAAUGAAUGCUUUAAGUUCGCUGACAAGGAAUCUUUGGCGGUUGGUACGGAGUUGCUGGUUUUUGGAAAGGAAAUUUUGGCACAUGUCAUUUAUCGGUACAACUUAUUGACAAACACAUGGUCAUCCGGGAUGCAGAUGAAUGUGCCAAGAUGUUUGUUCGCUUCUGCCAGCCUGGCGGAGUUUGCCAUUCUAGCUGGUGGUUGUGACUCACAAGGUAACAUCUUAAACUCAGCCGAACUUUACAAUUCGGAGUCAGGGACGUGGAAGACUUUGCCAAGCAUGAACAAGCCACGUAAGAUGUGUUCUGGAAUUUUCAUGGACGGAAAGUUUUAUGUGAUAGGAGGAAUUGGAGGAGCCGAAUCAAAGCUGUUGACAUGCGGAGAGGAGUAUGAUCUAGAAAAAGAAAUAUGGACAGAAAUCCCAAACAUGUCUCCCGUGCGAGCUAGGAAUGAUAUGUCUUCUACAUCCGAAGCGCCACCUUUGGUGGCUGUUGUAAAAAAUGAAUUGUAUGCGGCCGAUUAUGCUGACAUGGAGGUUAGGAAGUACGACAAGAAGAAUAAAGCAUGGGUUACCAUAGGUCGACUGCCUGAAAGAGUAGCUUCCAUGAAUGGCUGGGGUUUGGCUUUUCGGGCAUGUGGUGAGAGGCUGAUCGUAAUUGGAGGCCUAAGGGCUAUGGGUGAAGGUUAUAUUGAAGUGAAUUCUUGGGUACCGAGCGAAGGGCCGCUGCAAUGGAACUUACUUGGGAGUAAGCAAUCGGGCAGUUUUGUGUAUAACUGUGCUGUCAUGGGAUGCUGAAGAUAUGAAAUGCACCAGCCCCAUGUGUUGUACUGUGGCGGUGUUGGGUACUGAUUGAUAGUAUCUGGUUUCUAGUGCAACACAAUUUUUGCUAAUGGGUAAUUUAUUCCAACUUUUUUUUUUAAAUCCUUUUUUACUGUGGCGGUGUUCGGUGCUUUUUUUUUUUUUUUUUUCUUUUGGUUAAAAAAGAGUAGGGAUACCAUAGCUCUAGUUCAAAUCCCCUAGAAAAUACUUGUUUUGCAAAACGAGUUGGCCCCUCUCACCCUACCCUUGCUGUAAUAAUUUAAGCAUGAGUCAUGAUAUCCCUUUCUACUUGCAACUCUUCUACUUUAUUAAUGUAAGAGAAAAAACAUGUUUUAACUUCUGAACUUGACACGAAAACUCACUUUAGCAACUAAACUUAAGUUAUAUUUAUUUACCCCCUUUAACAACUUACGUUUCAAUUAUUUUCCACCCUAAAGAAAUAAUACCACUCUCACAAUGGGAGGUGUAUUACACUCGCGCCACGUCAUUGCCACAUCAAUGCCGCAUCAUUGCCACGUCGUUGCCACAUCAUUGCCAUGUCAAAAUUACCAACACUUCAUUUUUUGUUUUUCUUUUAUUAUUUUUUCUCUUUCUCUUUCUUCUUCUUUCUCCUCAUCCUCACCCUACUUUUAACAACCACUACGCCGUUGCUACCACCACCGCUGCUGCCACCGCCGCCGCUGCCGCCACCGCCUCCGCCGCCACCACCGGAAAAAAAAACAUUAUUAUUAUCAAUCCAAAAAAAAUCACCACCACCAUCUUUAACCCACAUCCACAACCACCACCAUCAUCUCCCCCAACAAAUUUCAUCCAACUCCUCAAAUUAGUCCCACUUACACCUAAAUUCGUCCAAAUUGGUUGUUUUGGUUGUUAUUGUGAGCCAUUAUUAGCAUUAUUAUUAGCAAACCCAUUUCUUCCAUAACCAUUAUUCCAUAACUUUAUUUUUGAAAGAAAAUCAAAAUCAAAAUCAAGAACCGCCAUCUUUAACCCACAUCCACAACCACCACCAUCAUCUCCCCCAACAAAUUUCAUCCAAUUCCUUCUCAAAUUAGUCCCACUUACACUUAAAUUCGUCCAAAUUGGUUGUUUUGGUUGUUAUUGUUGGCCAUUAUUAGUAUUAUUAUUA